AGCACUGAAUUAUAUUUGAAUAUCACAGUUACCACCUUACAUUCAUUGUUCCUACAUUGCCUGAUCCCCUCUGAAUGAGCGUUCAAACCUAUUUUGUUUGAUGGGUCACUGUAAAUGUCUUACAGGUAUCUUUUUUUCCUUUCUUUCAGCUUUUUCCAUUGGCACCAUGAAGAAUAUAUCCUAAUUCUGCUACAACUCACAAAUAUUGUGUUUGAUUUUUUUUUUUUAAUUUGUAAGUUUUAGAAAGCAGAAAGUGAACUGCUUAUUUUAGUUAACACUGAGAUCAUAUCCUGCAGCAGGGCUGUGUAGGGAGGAUGAUAACAAUGCUGGUGUGGAAAACAAUUUGUAACACUUUGACUUAUUUAUGUAGAAAAAGCUUUAUUGCAUAAAGUUUUCAUUUUCUUUUUUUGCUCUCUGUGCCUGAGUCCCUGCAUUGUGUGGCUGUUCACUGAAAACACAGACUCAGUGCACAGAGAUCCUUAACAGGAUUUGGAAUUGGAGGUCUGUGCCAAAGUGUGAUUGCAAUCAGAUUGAGUGGGAAGAGUGUCGGUUUUAGGAAGGUAUUCUGAUGGGGAGAUGGGUUGGUUUUGUCACCUCCCAAGAACAGAUUAUAUAUUUUUAUUUGCAACCUUCAGAUGGAAGAGUGUGUUCACAUUUUAAAACAGAUGUUUGCUUAUUGUAUUCUGAGAAAUUCUAACAACAACAUGUCAGAAUUCCACUGUAGCUUGGUAAAUAAAAGAAGACACAAGAAUUCCCUGGGUUCUGAGUUCCACAAUCAGUAAUGUGUCCAUGUUUUCCUUCCUGUUCUCCUGCAGGAAAGAUGAUCCCCAGCCAGCCCUGCUGAGCCACAGGAUGGGGCCAGAUGUCCCCCUGCUCAAUGACUACAAGCAGGAGUUCUUCCUGAAGCGCUUCCCUCAGACCCUGCUGGGAGGCCCCAGGUUCAAGUUAGGCUACUGUGCCCCUCCCUACAUCUAUGUGAACCAGAUCAUCCUUUUCCUGACCCCAUGGCUCUGGGGAGGAGUGGGGACACUCCUGUACCAGCUGGGGGUGAUGCAGGACUUGUGCACAGCAGCCCUGUCAGGAGGGCUCAUGUUUGUUACUGCCCUUGCUCUUCAGAUGACAAACCUCUAUGCAAAGCAGAAAACGGUGACAGUAGAAAGAAUGCAAAUUCCAAGUACCCUGACAGAUGAAGACGAGUUUGAAUUUUCCAGCUGUGUAGGUUCAGAGACAGUAAAAUUUAUUAUUCCUGGCAAGAAGUACAUAAUCAACACUGUAUUCCAUUCCCUUCUGGCAGGGGUAUUGUGUGGGCUGGGAGCUUGGUAUUUGCUGCCAAACAGAAUAACCUUGUUAUACAGCAACAUUGGAGGAACUGUUGUGAUCUUUGUGUUUGGAUGGGUGACCAUAUGCAUAGGAGAGUAUUCAUUAAUCAUAAACACAGCCACUGAAACAGCCACUUUCCAAGCACUGGAUACUUAUGAAAUCACUGCUCUGAUGAGACCUUUCUACAUUUUUGUCUUUAUUGCAGUGGAUCUUGCACACAGGUUUGCUGUCAACACACCCAUUCUAGAGCAGACAAACCAGAUUUUGCACAUCCUGUUUCUUUUUCUGCCAUUCUUGUGGGCCAUGGGAAUUCUGCCCCCUCUUGAUGCACUUUUUCUCUGGGGAAUGGAACAACUCUUGGAGUUUGGACUAGGAGGUUCACCUAUGUCAAGUAACACCAAGUUGUUAGUAAUGUUUCUCAUUUCUGCUGGAACAGCAAUAGCAUCGUAUUUCAUUCCCAGCCCCCUCGGUGUGAUCCUCUUCAUGACUGGAUUUGGGUUCAUGCUGAGUCUUAACCUAAGUGAGAUUGGGUUUGCCUUCAAACACACCAUGAUCAGCCAUUUAGCCUCCAGCAAAGCUAAAAAUGCUCACAGGGCUCUUAGAAUACAAUUUGGGUGGAGGAAAUUAAUUUUCUAUGUGACUGUGUUGGCAUUUGCUCUCACAGAAGCAGGCCUGCUGCAUCAAUUUGCAGGCUCCUCAUCAUCUUCCCAAGGCAGACCCCAGGCCAUAGCAAGUUACAUUCUGAUCCUGUUACUUGUAAUGAUGUGGAUUCUUAGAGAGAUUCAGAGAGUGUACUUGUUUGGAGUCUUCAGAAACCCCUUUUACCCAAAGGAUGUCAGGACUGUGGCUGUGUUCAUGGAGAAGCAAAGAAGGCUAAUGAAAGUUGGUGUUGUCAGGAGGAUUUUACUAACACUAGUGUCUCCGUUUGCUAUGAUAGCAUUCCUGUCACUUGACCAUUCCCUACAAAACCUGCAUUCCUUGUCUGUUUCCAUUGGAUUCACAAGGAUGUUCAGAAUGGUCUGGCAAAAUACAGAAAAUGCCUUACUAGACAUGGUGGUUGUGUCAGCAGCACAAAUGUUGGUGGUUAAUCCAGACCUCUGGUGGAACAGGAGCCUUGAUACAGGAAUCAAACUCUUGCUGGUCGGCCUCCUGCGGGAUCGGCUGCUGCAGUUCCUGUCCAAGCUGCACUUUGCCAUGGCCAUCCUGCUGACCUCGUGGACGGAGAAGAAGCAGCGCCGCAGGUCCAGCGCCGCCCUGAUCGCGCUCAACGUCGCCUUCUUCCCCGUGCUGCUGGCCCUGGUGGCCGUGUCAGCGCUGCUCUCCUCGCCCCUGCUGCCGCUCUUCACCCUGCCCGUGUUCCUGGUGGGCUUCCCGCGGCCGCUGCGGAGCUGGCCGGGCCCCGCGGGCGGCACCGCCUGCGUCUGCCCCGACACCGUCUACUACCGGCAGCUGGUGCCCGGCCUGGCCGCGGCGCUGCAGUCUGCGCUGGCGGCCGGCGGCCUGGGUCUCUCUCUGCCUGGGUCUCAUUACUUGUGCCGCUUCCAGGACAGGCUGAUGUGGAUUUUGGUGCUGGAAAAAGGCUUCACGUACUGUGGGGUGAACAUUAAGGGGCUAGAACUGCAGGAAACAUCCUGCCAUGCUGCUGAAGCUCACAGAGUGGAUGAAAUUUUUGAAAUGGCCUUUGAACGUCAGGAGCACACAAGGAUUCUGUCUCCCAAUCCCCAUUUUGGGCACAUCCUGACUCCCUGUACUGUGGUUCCUGUGAGGCUCUAUUCUGAUGCCAGGAAUGUGUUAUCUGGAGUAAUUGAUUCCCAUGAGAAUUUAAAGCACCUGAAAGAUGAUUUUGUGAAAGUGCUUGUGUGGAUGCUUGUCCAGUAUUGUUAUAAAAAAUCCAAGACGUGGGAAAGCCCAGGCAGUGCCAACAAGAACAAACAAGAAUCAUUUCCAGAAAAUCAGCACAGUGGAGCAGUGAAAGGAUGCGGAGCUCUGAGGGAAGAAGACAGCUUUAGUGUUGAUACAGUGGAGGACUGGACUGAUGAUAGUGACAUUUUUGAUUUUGAACCCAGUGGCAGAACAAGAGACAGAAAAGAUGCUGGGCACUUGGGACUGACACCCAAAGUGCACCUGUCUAUUCCAGGGUCCAUAGAAACACAGAGCCAAGAUUUCCUACAAGAAAUGUCUCCAGAAGAUAAAUUAAACAGGACUGUGGUGCUUGGGCUGCCUGCUGUGGACAAAGGGAAGCAGCCAGAAGUUUUACCUCGUGUAGAAUUCAGUUGCUCUUACUCAGAGCUGCUGAGCAUCCCUGAAGAAUGGAGAACAGCACCAGUGCCUUCUUCCAAAGUCAGUGAAAUGAGGCAGAGGUUUCCUGAGGAAUGGUACCACUUUGUUCUGAGCCAGCUGGACUUUUUUCAUCUGCAAGAGAAGCCUUCCAGUUUGCUCACAGAGCUGGUGGAAGAUAAAGCUCUGAAGGAGCUGUACAUCCUGGGGGUGCUGUCGUGCUGCUUUGGGCUGUUUGGGCUGGAUAACGCCGUGCCUGCCCCUCGCCACGUCUUCAGGGCAUACACUGGUGGCAUCCCCUGGUCUGCUGGCUUGGACUGGCUCACAGGCAAACCAGAGCUCUUCCAGCUGGCAUUAAAAGCAUUCAGAUACACCUUUAAACUUAUGCUGGACAAAGCCAGCCUGGGCCCAGUGGAGAACUUCAGAGAGCUGGUGAAUUACCUGGAGGGGUACGAAAGCGAUUGGUACAUUGGGCUGGUGUCAGACCUGGAGUGGCAGCAGGCAGUUCUGCAGGAAAAGCCAUACCUGUUCUCUCUGGGGCAUGACCCAAGCAUGGGAAUUUACACAGGGCGAGUCCUCACUCUGCAGGAGCUGCUGGUCCAGGUGGGAAAGCUCAAUGCAGAAGCUGUGAGGGGCCAGUGGGCCAACCUGUCCUGGGAGCUGCUCUACGCCACCAACGACGACGAGGAGCGCUACAGCAUCCAGGCGCACCCGGCGCUGCUGCGCAACCUGACCGUGCAGGCGGCCGACCCGCCCCUGGGCUACCCCGUCUACUCCUCUCAGCUCCUGCAGCUGCCCCUCUUCUAGGCUGGGCUUUCUCAGUGCUGGAUCUUGCUGCUUUGUCUUUUUCCUC